AUGGAGGAUAUGACAUCAGGAAACCACUGCACAGUGACUGAGUUCUUCUUGGCUGGGCUCUCAGAGAAGCCAGAACUCCAGCUGCCCCUCUUCCUCCUCUUCCUUGGAAUCUAUUUGAUCACUGUGGCAGGGAACCUGGGCAUGAUCACACUGAUCGGACUCAGUUCCAACCUGCACACACCCAUGUACUUUUUCUUGAGCAGUCUGUCUUUCAUUGACUUCUGUCAAUCAACUGUUGUUACCCCUAAAAUGCUGGUGAGCUUUGUGAAAGAGAAGAAUCCCAUCUCCUACCCAGAAUGCAUGGCUCAGUUCUACUUCUUUACCACAUUUGGCAUUGCAGAGUGCUACACAUUAGCUGUAAUGGCAUAUGACCGCUAUGUAGCCAUCUGUAACCCCCUGCUUUACAAUGUAAUCAUGUCCUGUCAGAUGCACUCUUCUCUGGUUUCAGUGGUAUAUAUUUUUGCUGUGUUCUGUGCCUCAGUGAACACAGGCUACAUGAGUAGGGUUCAGUUCUGCAAAUUAGAUGUUAUCAAUCACUAUUUCUGUGAUAUCCUUCCCCUCUUGAAGCUUUCAUGCUCUGAUACCUAUAUCAACGAAAUGUUGAUUCUGUUUUUUGGUACACUGAAUGUCUUUGUUCCAGUGUUGACCAUUGUUACUUCCUACAUCUCCAUUAUUGCCAGCAUACUGCACAUUCGCUCCACUGAUGGCAGGUUCAAAGCCUUCAGUACUUGCAGUUCCCACAUCUCUGCUGUUGUUGUCUUCUUUGGAUCUAUAGCAUUCAUGUAUCUACAACCAUCUUCAGUCAGCUUCAUGGAUCAAGGGAAAGUGUCAUCUGUGUUUUAUACAAUUAUUGUACCCAUGCUGAACCCCUUGAUCUACAGCCUGAGAAAUAAGGAUGUCAGUGUUGCACUGAAGAAAAUACUUGAAAGAAAGAAAUCAUGUUAG